AAAAAAGUUUGGGGGAUUUUGUAUCUUCUUAGUGAAAGGAAUCCACGUCUGGCGUCGCCGUAUAAAAACAGCCGAAUUUUUCGUUUAAGUCACAUUUCGACUCUGUUCUCUAAUCCAUAUACAUCAUGAAGUAUAUAAUUCCUUUAUUCAUCGUUUUCUUCUUCGCCAUUCAUGCAAGUGAAUGCGCGAAGAAAAUCGAAAAACGUGGUCUUCUCGGAGGCAAUGGACACGGCCAUGAUGUAUCUGGAUUCAAUGUUGAUAAUAUCGAAUCUGGUUCUUAUUUGCCACCACUGCCAUCUGUGGGAACAACUAAGAAAUCCUUCUUAGUCUCUUCUGUUUCCUCUCCAAGCUACAGUGCUCCAGUCCCAUCCUAUUCUGCGCCAGUAUAUAGAGUACCUGUCCUAGCAUCAGUCCCAUCUUACAGCGCUCCUGUUUCUGCUCCAGUGCAAUCUUACAAUGUCCAUGUUUCCGCAGUUCCAUCUUAUAGUGCUGCUGUACCAGCUCCAACGUACGGCGUUCCUGUCUCUGUAUCGACAUCUUAUGGAGUCCCUAGUCUUCCAUCAGUGCCUGUUCAUAGCAGCGUGGCAGCACCAGUAUCUGUGUCCGUGCCCAGUUUGAACAAUAGAGUCGGUGUAGGGUCUGUGAAUGUACCCAGCACUUCUUACGGCGUGCCAAGCAAUGUUGUUCAUUCUGUACCGUCUAAUGGCAUCUCAUCGAGCCAUGUCUCUUCAAAUGGAGUCUCUUCUGGGUUUGUGGGAUCUUUGAAUGUACCCAACCACAGUUAUGGAGUGCCUAGUUUUACCAGUGGAUCAGUGGUACCAGUAGCAUCAGUAGCACCAGUGGCGUCAUCAGUUAGUCUGUCACACAGCCAAUCGUAUGAUGCUCCAAGCUUUGGCCAUCAGUUAGUAGCACCACUGGCAUCAGUUAGCCUGUCACAAAACCAGUAUUCUGCUCCAAGUUCUGAUGAUGGAUAUUCAUAUCCUGUACCAUCGAAACAAUUAGUUUAAAUUCCAAAUACUAUCAAUACAAUCCUAAUAUAAUUUGAGAUUUUAAUAGUCUGAAUAAAUUUAUCUUUAAAUAAGGAUUCUUACAUUGGAAUAAAGAAUUACAUUGUGAAGUAUAUCUAUGAAGUAUAUAUGAAAUGUUGAUUUUAUCUAAAAAUUAUAAUUAUAAUUUUGUAAUGAAUAACAUUUUUUUUCAAUGAUUAUAAUUCUUGUCAUAUAAAAUAAUAUGUAUGUAUAAUAGCAACAAUUUUUUUUAAAUAAAGAUAUCGUUUUCAAUGUAAA